UUGCUGCGGUAGUGAGUAGUAGUGACAUUGAGGUAUCGUGGUGUGUGUGAAUCCGCCGAAAAACAAGAGCAGACGCUUUUUGCGUAUAAUGCAUCCAUAGAUAAGUCUGGAGAAGGGAAAGUAGUACUAAUAUUGAUUCUCUUUCGUUAUAACGAGGCUUUGUCACUUUCAGACAGAGCGGUUGCCCGCACUUCGCAUUACGAAGAUGAUCGCACGAGGAUGCGUUGGGCUCGUGGUGCUGGUGAAUUUUGUUUUAUCGAUGCCUGUCACCCCAGGACACACGGAGCAGAAAGAUGUGAAGGUGAUGAAAUGUAUUGUUGAAGUAAUCGCAGAUGUUCUGACCAAGCCUCAUCCCAUCCCAGUUUCCCCAGACUGCCUUCAAACCCUAAGCACUGAUGACAGGCUUGUGACCCUCCUUCGCCAUCGCAACUUUCUCCAAGAGUUGCAAGAUAUCGCUGCCGAAGGGGCCAAUGAGAGAGUGCAGAAGCACCCAGAUGACGUACUUGAUCAUGUGACCAGUCUCCCUGAAGAUACAAAGGAAACUGCAGAUGAUCAGUCAAUGCUGGUUGCCAUGGAGAAACCAGAAGAGGCUGCAGAGAAAAGAGGAGUCAGCGAGGAGAGCUCCAGGGAGAGUGAGGAAUCCGAGCAGGAGUCUCAAAAAAGGAACAACAUCGCUGAGGAGGAAGAGAAUGAUGCUGGCAAUCACAUCUCCAUAAACCCAGAACAGAAGAGAGAGUCACAGGAGGAGGCCACAAUAAGAGAUGAGGAGAAACAGGAGGAAAUGAAACCCCCCGGCUUCGAAAAGAAGGAGGAAAAUGAACUAACUCACAAUAAAGAUGGGGCAACACUCACAGAUGGUCUUGAAGCAAACCCAGAGGUAAAACAAUCCAUCAUGGAGGACAUCGAGGAGCCCAGGGGAGCUGAGAAGGAGAGAACACAUUCACAAGAAGAGCAGAAGGACGAGGAGGAGGAGGAAAACAGAGAGGUUGGACCAAAGCACUGGAGUCGCCUGAGCAAAUUGGCCCACAAGAGGGUGGAGACGGGCCAGAAGCUGGAGGAGCACAGGGAGGCGUCACAGCACUCAAAGGAGAGGUUGGAUCAGGAGGGCGAGCUGUGGAGGAGCCCAGAGGAGCAGGAGCUGCAGAUCAUGGCACAAACUGAACCAGAGGACAAGAGAGAUGAAGAGGGCAGUGCCAGCAGAAAGACUGAGGAUGCUGACAUUGAGAGUUUGGCUGCCAUCGAGUCUGAACUCGAGAGCGUUGCUCAGAAACUUCAUGAACUGAGACGAGGCUGAGCCGGAUCAACUCUCCACUCUUCUCCAUUCUGCCCUUCAUCUCUCCUUCAGUAGAAAGG